AUGAAGAUCGCUUCACUGUUGAGCCUGGCCAGCUUCACGGCUUUGGCUCAUGGCUCCAAACCUACACGAGACUACGCGGCCAACGAUUAUUAUGUCCUCCAUCUCGACAGCGCAACGACCCCCGACCAAGUCGCCAACCGACUUGGACUCGCUCACGAGGGCCAGCUUGGUGCGCUUGACGACCACCACGUUUUCCGUGCCUCCAAGGCCGACCACGAUAUAGUUACAAGACAUAUUACAGAGCGCGAGAGGCGGAAACGAGACCUGGGUGGCUCUGAUCCUCUUGAUGGAAUUUUAUUGUCGAAGAAGCAAGAAGCACGACAGCACCUUUUCAAGCGAGACGUCGUUCCUUCAGCUCCAAGAGGUUUGCCUUUUCUAGGGGACCGCCACAAUGCCAGAGCUCAAGAUCUAGCGGCAUACCAAGAAACAAUCAUGAAACAGUUGGACAUUCAGGAUCCCAUCUUCAAGGAACAGUGGCAUCUUCUGAACCCCCUGCAGCCCGGCCACGACGUUAAUGUGACCGGUCUCUGGCUGGAAGGCAUCACUGGAAAGAACGUUACUGUGGCGGUGGUGGACGAUGGUCUCGACAUGAACAGCGAUGAUCUCAAGCCCAACUACUUCGCUGAGGGCUCUUGGGAUUUCAACGACAACGACGCCGAGCCUGCCCCUGUCUUGGAUGAUGAUCGACAUGGUACCCGCUGCGCUGGCGAGGUCGCGGCUGCUCGAAACGAUGUCUGUGGUGUUGGUGUCGCCUACGACUCAAAGGUCGCCGGUCUGCGUAUUCUCAGCAAGCUAAUCAGCGACGCCGACGAAGCGGAAGCGCUCAUGUACAAGUACGACGACAACCAUAUUUACUCAUGCUCAUGGGGACCAGCCGAUGAUGGUCAGACUAUGGAGGCGCCUGAUGUUGUCAUUCGACGAGCGAUGCUAAAGGCGAUUCAAAAGGGACGCAGUGGAAAGGGUUCUAUCUACGUUUUUGCCAGUGGAAAUGGUGCCGGCCAGGGUGAUAACUGCAACUUUGAUGGAUACACCAACUCUAUCUACAGUAUCACGGUUGGAGCUGUCGACCGAACUGGACUUCACCCUUACUAUUCCGAGGAGUGCUCUGCUCAGUUGGUCGUCACUUACAGCAGUGGAAGUGGUGAUGCUAUUCACACAACCGAUGUUGGAAAGAACAGCUGUUACAAGGCUCACGGUGGUACAUCUGCUGCAGCCCCUCUUGCCGCGGGUAUCUUUGCUCUUGUCCUUCAAGUCCGCCCUGAUCUUACUUGGAGAGACCUCCAGUACCUUGCGAUGGAUACCGCGCUUCCUAUCGAUGGCGACGAGGCCAACCAGCAAAACACCACAAUUGGCAAGAAGUUCAGUCACACCUUUGGAUACGGCAAGAUCGACUCAUGGGCCCUGGUUGAAAGAGCCAAGGAUUGGGAGUUGGUCAAGCCUCAAUCGUGGUACUUUUCUCCUUGGAUCCAUGUGAAGAAGGCGAUUCCCGAGGGUCGGGAUGGCUUGACUGUUACUCUCGAUGUCACCAAGGACAUGCUCAAGCAGUCCAACGUGGCUCGCGUGGAACAUGUUACUGUUACCAUGAACGUUGAACACACUCGACGUGGUGAUCUUAGUGUCGAUCUUAUCAGCCCUGACAACGUGGUCAGUCAUCUUGCUGUUGCUCGAAGGAGCGAUGCCAAGGAGGCUGGAUACGUCGAUUGGACCUUUAUGAGUGUCGCUCACUGGGGAGAGUCUGGUGUUGGCAAGUGGACCAUUAUUGUUCGAGACACCGAGAAGAACUCCUUCAAGGGCAAAUUCACCGAUUGGCGCUUGAAACUUUGGGGUGAGGCUAUCGACGCAGACCAAGCAACUCUACUUCCUAUGCCUAACGCGAACGACGAUGACGACCAUGAUAAAAUCGUAGCGACUACUUCAAUACCCGCUUCCACAACAACAGCACCUCCCGCUACCAAGCCUACAUUGAUUGAUCAUCCUUCCGACCAUCCUGAGCGGCCCACCAAGCCUGCUCGACCCAGCGAUACUGAGGAGGAAGAGCCCUCAAGCACUCAAAGCUCCGCGGAGGAAUCAUCCACAGCUUCAUCUUCUUGGGUUUCCUGGCUUCCAACAUUCGGCGCCUCAAAGAAGGCACAGAUCUGGAUCUACGGAGCCGUCGGUUUCAUUGGAGCCUUCUGCAUCGGUCUAGGUGUAUACUUCUGGAUCGCCCGUCGUCGUCGUCUCCGCAACAGCUCCCACAACACCUACGAAUUUGAGCUCAUCGACGAGGAAGAGGCUCCUCUCAACGCAGGCGAGAAAACUACCGGCAACAAGGCCCGCAGGACCCGAGGUGGAGAGCUAUAUGAUGCCUUUGCCGAGGGUAGCGACGAGGAGCCAUUUGAGGACUACCGCGAUAACCGUGAGCCAUCGCGUGACAGACUUGCUGGCGAUGAUACUCAGCAUUAUGCUGUUGGUGAUGAUAGCGACGAUAGUGAAAGCGAUGACAGCACCGACGAGGAUAGAAACGAAAGAAGACCUCUUGGUGGCAGACGUUAA